AUGGCCCGGUCCUCCAAGCUCAUCACCUUGGCGGUGGCCCUGACCUUCGCGUCCUUGGCACUCCAGAGCCUCACCUUCCUCGGCGUACCCAGCCGCGCGGGUUCAGCGACGACGGUAUCCCCGGCACACCUGGCGACAGCCGCAGCGGUGCCGGUCUUGCUGACCCCCACGGCGGCCUUGGCGGCGGAUGGCGGCAUGCCCUCAGUGGUGCUGGGAGUUGGCAUUCUUUGCAUGCUGGCAGCCUUCAGUGCAGUGUCCAGCGUAAUCAGUGCCACCGUCACUUCAGAGCUUGACUAA